UGUGUAGCUAGCGUGCUUUAUGAAUGAAAACAAAAACGCUCGAACGCGCGCGCGCGCGCUCGCCAUGUGCGCGUUCACUCAGCGGUACCGCCGGUGUGUUUGUGGGUACCGCUGUAAGCAAACGAGCAAGCAAACCGGCGGCGGUACGGCUCAACGCGCGCCGCUGCACUCUGGAUCUUAGUGUAGGCUCAUCGGCAACCUUCUUGCACACAGCGAAAGUUUAACCGCAUGAUGCCAUUGCGUAAGGGUUUGUGGUGGUGUCCGAACGGUGCCCCUGGGUGUGGGUUUGUGGUCGUGCAAAACGUUUUACCAAAAGCAUGUGCACAUACUCGUCCAUUGUGUGGCUCCGAACUCGGUCAGAUUUGAAUUAUGACGAUAUGGAUGUUGGUGCUGCUGCUGGUGAUGAUGGUGAUGGGCGCUAUGAUCAUCGAUUAGUCUCGGCAGUCUGGCCAUGCCCGUAGGGAAUGUUUAGUGACCUCUUUCGAUGCGCAAUACAGGCCCGGGAUAGGGACAAAUAGCGAUAGUUGCAGCGGUGUUGCAAAAUUGGCGAGCAGUACGCUCGCACACGUGAGCGAACCUUGAGCGGUGGGUCCACGCGAAAGGCCGUCUUUUUUUCCGGCGAGUUCGCCGGUCAUUCUUCGAGCGACCGGUAGAGUAGGGAGAUUAAUUUAAUUUGAUCGAACCCAACGACCCGGGUCACUCUUGGGCAAACAGUACCCAUCAGCUACAGCGGCGUGCGUGCGUGCGUGCAUGCGUUGUUACUCCGGUGCGAGCAUUUUUACACGCGCAUCACGGUUCCGGGCACCCUACCAUCAACGUUUUCUGUAGUUUUUCGCGACCAAGAACACAAUCGUGGAAGAAUCUGUUUCGAAAAGGGUGCAGAACAGACCAGCGGUGCAAAUCGUGACUUCAAACGUCGAACGACGAUCGAGUACGGGAGCCGCAAACCAGCGGUUGCGAUUCGUUGUUGGUACAAGAUGCAGCUACUCAAAUGGCACGGGCAGUUGAUCCUGCUGAACUUUCUGAUGUUUAUGUCGUGGCGACCAUGUCGAGGACUCAACGUUCCCAACUAUGGUACUCCCUAUCGUGGGAGCAAUCCUACCAGACGGUCGGGCGUGUAUUCUAGCGUAAGAGAACCCGCCUACUACGAUGAGUACCAACCGUCCGGUCCAAAACCACUCACCGAAGAUCAGCGUCGAGCGAAGCUGACAGCCGUCUCGAACCCGGACUUUUACUUCCCACCCGAUCCGGAAGCGGACCUAGCGGAAACAAACGAACCCGAACCGGAGAUCCAACGAUCGAAGCCUCGUGUCCCACCGGCCGCCCCGGGAAGCUUCUCCUACAACGAGAAGGACAAAAAUGGACCCUCGCACUGGUACCGGGUGGAUGCCCGGUGUGGAGGCCGGUAUCAGAGUCCGAUCCUGCUCAACACCAGCAGUGCACAGCUCGUGAGUCGUAAGCGACCGCUCCGGCUCGAUGGACAGACCAACCUACCCCAGACGAUUCUGCUGCAGAACGAUGGACAUUCGGCUAAGUUUACGUACAACUGGCGCAACGGUGAUCGGCCCGUGCUGCGCGGUGGUCCACUGAAGACGAAGUAUCUGUUCGACCAGUUCCACUUCCACUGGGGUGUGAAUAGUACGGUCGGGUCGGAGCACGUGUACGACUACCAGCGCUACCCGAUGGAAAUUCAUCUCGUGUUCUACAACGGACUGUACGAGUCGUUCCAGGAGGCCCGCGAGCAGGUGGACGGUAUAGCCGUCGUGGGAUUGUUCUACGAGAUCUAUCAACAUUCGGUGGACGAGCAGCUCAACACCUGGACCCGGUUUCUGCGCAAUGUCGUUGAACCGAACAGCGAGUUUACCAUCCCGUUUAUCGACACCUUCCCACUGUACGAGGUGAUUGGGGACGUCGAGUGGCCAUACUUUUCGUACGAGGGUAGCCUAACGACCCCGCCCUGUCUGGAGACGGUAACGUGGAUCGUGUCCACCAAACCGCUGCUGGUGACGGAGAAGGAGAUGCGACAGUUCCGUCGGCUUCAGUCACCGACCGGCCUGAUGGUGAACAAUUACCGACCGGUGCAGAAGCUGAACCAUCGCCGGGUGUUCCUGUACUGAGAAGCGACUGAGAACUGACUGGCUUGCUGAGAGCGGAACAGCAGCGCACCCUUUUUUUUUUCGCAGCGAUAUACCAAAGGAUCGACAAAGUGUUUAGUGUUGUAAGGCGAUUUUAUUUUACUUCUCAACUGUUACCACCAGCAUAAUGCUGGACGUCCAGUGAACAAAGUAUUAUACGUUAGGGAAAUACAUACAUUUCUUUUAUUCAUUGCA